AUGCAAAACCCUGAGCACUCUGGGCUCCUUAGCAAGUGGGUCAUCGAGCUCAGCAAGUUCGACAUUGACUACAAACCAAGAACCGCCAUGAAAGGCCAGGCCGAGGCAGACUUCAUGGCUGAGCUAACCGAGCGUCAGGAUGAACCCAGCAUGGGCACACAAGAGGCCAGCACAGAAAUGAUAACUGUUGAGGAACCAAACCCCCAGCAACAGCCAAACUGGAACCUCUACAUUGACGGCUCCGCUUGCGCCAAGUGCAAUGGGACAUUACCAGCAGAUAAGGUCGAAGCACGACAACUCAAGUGGAGAGCAACCCGGUACAACAUACAGAAUGGCAAACUCUACCGCCAGGGGUUUACUCAUCCCAACCUCCGAUAUCUGACCCCAGAAGAGGGAAAAGACGUGCUUACAAUGAUACACGCCGGGGAAUGUGGAAACUACUCAAGCGCCAGGUCUUUGGCCAAUCGCACAAUGCGACAGGGAUACUUUUGGCCCACGCUCGACGACGACGCCAGAAGGGUAUCAAGGUCCUGCCACAAAUAUCAACAGUACGCUGACCUCCCCCAUGCCCCGGAAAAACCCCUAUCAAUCAUUAUCGGCCCAUGGAUCCAUUCCAUGUGGGGCCUAGACUUAUUGGGAAAAUUUCCAACCGCUAAAGGUCAGUUCAAGUACAUCAUUGUCGCCAUUGACUACAACACCAAGUGGAUAGAGGAGGAACCACUGACUGCAAUAACUAUCGCCAAAGUAACUCACUUCCUCUAG